UUUGAUUGUUAAACUGCUUGGGAAUAAAUAAAGUGUCAAAUCCAGGCAAGGUCCAACGUUCAAGACCCAGGAUUCGAAAAGCUUUCCUUACUUGCUACACUUUCCAGUCGGCAUCCAAAUCGUUUAAGUAUCAAUGGCAACUAUAGAAGAAGAAGAUGAUGAUCUGUACAACCCUGUGGACACUAUUCCCGGCCACGAGAGAGCCUCAGACGCAGCUGGAGAUGCCGGAAUGGAGAUUGAGAACCGGGAAGAGGAAAUAGAAGAGGAGGAAGAAGAUGAGGAUGAUUUCAAUAUCAUCACAGAAGCUCCAGAGCCCGUAACUGUACCUCCAACGCAACCCCAACAACCCAGCGCAUUUAAAGCCGAAGUUCAGCGACCAUCGCUCGGUGAUUCCGGAAGCAUACCGAAGACCACGACACCUUCUUUCCCUAAAGCUGAAAUUUCCCCGUCACAGCCCGCUGCGACUAAACCUCUUGCCCCUCAAAAGCCGGGAUCGUCGUAUCCAGCUCAGCACACCUCUUCAAUUGAUGUUUCUGCCAAUCCUAUCCAUCCCGCUACCUCCAAACCUAUUUUAUCUACCGAUCUAGAUGACGAUUUCCCCGGAGAAGACGAUAAACCCUGGCGGCGACCCGGCUCCGAUAUAAGUGACUAUUUCAACUAUGGCUUUGAUGAAUUCACAUGGGCAAGCUACUGCUUGAAGCAGCAGGAUCUGCGGAAAGAAGUUGGCGACCAGAAAAAACAGCUCCAGGAAAUGCAGGCGUUCCUUGGUCUAGCGCCAGGAGGGAUGCCUGGGAUGCCAGGUCCUCCACAACCGCCACCGGCAGGAGUCCCGGGUCCAGGAGGAGGUCCUCCACAGCGAGCAGGCCCGCAGAACGUAAUGCCGGGUAUGCCGCCUGGGAUGCCAGAACUGUCGGCGGAUAUGAUGCAAGGCAUGCUCGCCGGCAUGAUGGCUCAAGGUUUAGACCCCUCAUCAAUGGACCCUAUGACAUUUAUGCAACAUGCACAAGCCAUGCUGGGAGGCGGACAGCCAGGAACUGGGACUCCUCAAGCAGCGCAGCCGGGGUAUGGAGCGCAGCCACCCGGGCAAGGGUAUGGCGGACAGCCUGGUGGUCAACAACAGAUGGGCUAUGGUGGCUACGACCAGCGUGGAGCGGCAUUUGGUGGCGGAAUGCGUGGAAAGGGCAUUCGAAGAUGGUAAAAGCUUUGUGCGGCUACACAGGGCUAUGGUUUAUGAUCUAGGGGUGGAAAUUACAUACAUACGUACUUCGCUGAACCUGACUUCUUUUCCGUUUUCUGUGGCGUUUUCUAUGGAAUUCAUGUACGAGAGAUAUCAAGGAGACAUAAAUAUUCAUAAGUAAUCUUC